GGCACAUCGAAUCCGACUGCAUCUGCAUUCACAGGACAAAGAACCAAACACACAUGAACCACUGGAGCGAUCACCAGCACACCCUGAUGGUUUAAUGCUACAGUAAGUCGACUUUCAUCUGAAAUAACUACCUGCACUGGCUGUAAGUUUUUAGUCUGAAGCACAAAAAAAGUGAGUUUAGCUUUAGUAUGAUUUAUUUUUUCUUGUGCUGAAAUCAAAAUCCCCCUCUGAAACGUCUACAGCAGCCUUUUCUGCACACUCCAAACUUAAGUGGAUUACAUCCAAGGCAUUAGGGAUUUGGGACUGCAAUUUGAAGAGACAUGCCUGACCGCGGGAUACAGCACAUCCAGGGGAGAUCUGUGUGUGUUUCCUGUUACUUUACACAUGGAUUACUGUCCUAAUUUGGUCUCCCUGAGGACACAGGUGAGGACGGUCCACAGCUCGUCGUUAUGACGAACUUCAGACAGAGGAGAAGCUAGUCAAUCCUGGAGCUCGGACAUGGGAGCAGCAUUGGGGGGCAGAAGAGUCUGAGUCCUCUCUGUCCGCCUCCGCAAGGAGCCUCCCCAAAUCCACCCAUCAGGGAAGAGGUCGGAAGGGUCCACUGUCCCGCCCACGGCAGGAUGGUGCCACCCCCUCCCACCAACAAGCCGCAUGUUUGCUUGUCCACCAUCGUCAUCAUGAGCAGCAUGGCGCUCAUGGAUGCAUACCUCGUCGAGCAGAACCACGGCCCACGAAAGAUUGGCAUCUGCAUCAUGGUGACCGUCGGCGACCUAUGCUUCCUCAUCGUGCUGCGAUACGUUGCAGUGUGGGUUGGGGCUGAGGUGAGAACGGCAAAACGAGGCUACGCCAUGAUACUUUGGUUCCUUUACAUUUUCGUCCUGGAGAUUAAGGUGUAUUUUGUAUACCAGAACUACAAGUCUGACCGUAAAAGCCUGGACGCCUUGGCUCGGAAAGCUCUGACACUCCUGCUGUCCAUCAGUAUUCCCGUGCUGUUUGUGAUUCUGGUUGCAAUAGACCACAUGGAGUACGUGAAGGCUUUCAAGAAGAAGGAGGAGAUCAGAAACCGUUUGUUCUGGGUGGUGGUGGAUCUGUUGGAUGUUCUGGACAUCCAGGCCAACCUGUGGGAGCCACAAAAGAAAGGGCUUCCUCUAUGGGCAGAGGGACUGAUGUUUUUCUACUGUUAUAUUCUUCUUUUAGUGCUGCCCUGUGUGUCUCUGAGUGAGAUCAGCAUGCAAGGCAUCAACAUCAGUCCUCACAAGAUGUUGCUCUACCCCAUUCUGAGUUUGGUGACUAUUAACAUUGUCACUCUCUUCAUCCGUGGAGGGAAUAUGCUCCUCUAUAAGGACAACAGAGUGUCUGGGAUACUCAUGGCCAAGAACAUCCUAGCCAUCAUUCUGAAAACAUGUAGCUUUGUGCAGUAUAGAAGACAGUUGCAGAGCGCCCCACCUGGGUUUGGAGUGGAAUUACAGAAGAACUCUGUGGCGUCCGGUCGAUCCGUACAGACACCUCCACAGGUAGUGCUGCAGGAGCAAACGCCGCUGCCUGAGGUCACCACGUGUGAACAUACGUGACCCGGAAUCUGGAGGCUACUUGCACAAGGAAGCACACCUGUAAGGAUGCACAUCUCUGAUGAAACAAUGUGGAUGUAGGUUACAUAUCACUAGCUUCAUUAUUUUCAUCUGAGAGAAAUACAAAUGGACCAUAAAGGUAUGAAGGUAGUCAGUAAUUGUGUAAUGCUAAACUUUACAUACCACCUCUC